CCAACCCUCUUGCUCAAGCGCACAAAUUACGGCAUUGACCUAUAGUGUGCUAAAGUCUAAUUCUUCAACCAUCAGAUUGAUGUUUAUGGCUAGUUCUCUUUUCGGGGUCCCAAAUGUGAUGAGAAUAUGGAGCCUUCAGCGUGGAAUCUCAAUCUUGUCCUCGAAUAGCAAACCGCCCUCUUCUUCCAAACUCCAUUACUGCCUACAACAUUGCAGCAAUUCAAAGUCUCUAAAUCAAGGAAAACAAACCCAUCAAAAGAUAAUCCAAUGUCAGUUGGGUAAAAAUCCAUUCCUAGUCACCAAAUUAGUCCAGAUGUAUGCAGACUGCGAUGAUUUGGCAUCUGCCCGAAAGUUGUUUGACGAAUUGUUGGAACCGAAUGUGUUUGCUUGGACUGCUAUCCUCGGAUUCUAUUCAAGGCAUGGAAUGUAUGAAGAAUGUGUGGGAGCAUAUGGUGAAAUGAUAUUGAGGGGAGUUUUGCCAGAUGGGUAUGUGUUCCCUAAGGUCUUGAGGGCUUGUGCACAUUUCUCAAGCUUAAAAGUGGGAAUUCGGGUUCACAAAGAUGUCAUCAUAAGUGGUUUUGAGAUUAACGUGCAGGUUUGUAAUUCAUUGAUUGAGAUGUAUUCAAAAUGUGGGGAUAUUAGGUGUGCUAAGCAAGUUUUUGAUGAGAUGGUGGGAAGAGAUUUAUUGACAUGGAACUUAAUGAUCUCAGGAUUUGUGUGUAAUGGCAUGCUUGGAUGGGCUAUUGAACUAUUUGGUUGUAUGAAUUCGGAUGGUUGUGAACCUGAUGUUGUCACUUUGAAUACGGUAAUGGAUGCUUAUUGCCGAAUGGGGCUCUGUGAUGAGGCUAAGGGAAUCUUUAAACAUAUUAAGGAGCCUAAUAUCAUUUCAUGGACCACUUUGAUAUCAGGAUAUUCAAGAAUUGGGAAUCAUGAAGCAUCCUUGGGGAUUUUCAGGGAUAUGAUGAAUAGCAGCAUGGUCUACCCUGAUUUAGAUUCUCUUUCUAUUGCUCUUGUUUCCUCUCAGCAUCUUGGGUCUUUGUUAAGUGGAAAAGAAAUCCAUGGUUAUGGGUUAAAAAGGGAAUCUGGCAUUGUAUUUUACAACUCAGCUGGCCCUGCAUUGUUGACAAUGUAUGCUAACUGCCGUAGAAUUCAGGAUGCUGAGAAUGUAUUUAGAUUUAUGGACCCAGCUCAGGUUGUUAGUUGGAAUGCAAUGAUUCUUGGUUUUAUUGACCUUGGGUUGGAGGAUUUAGCACUUGAAUGCUUUAGGAAAAUGCAAAUAGCAGAGAUCAAGCUUGACCAAACAACAUUAUCCACUGUCUUGCCAACAUGCAACUUAAAAUUUGGAAAGCAAAUUCAUGCUUUCAUUAGGAAAAGUAGUUUCGAUUUGGUUGUUCCAGUAUGGAAUGCUCUUAUCCAUAUGUAUUCCAAAUGUGGAUGCAUUGGAGCUGCAUACUCUGUAUUUUCUAACAUGUUAAAUAGGGAUUUAGUGUCAUGGAACUCAAUGAUGGGAGGCUUUGCAAUGAAUGGGCUUGGCCAAGCUGCACUUGAGCUUCUACAAGAGAUGAAUCGUUCAGGCAUUUGCCCCGAUUCAGUAACUCUUACUUCUGUAUUGUCAGCAUGCAGUCACUCAGGUCUUGUGGAUGAGGGCCUUCGUGUCUUCUAUAGUAUGAUGGAGAACGGUUUCAACCCCACAAUGGAACACUAUGCCUGCAUUGUUGACAUGCUGGCACGUGAUGGUCUAUUUGAAGAUGCAGUUAGUUUUAUUCAUAGGAUGCCUUUGGAGCCUGAUAAGUGUAUUUGGGGAGCUCUGUUAGCUGCCUGCCUAGCCCAUCAAAAUGUUAAUGUUGCAAAGCUUGCUGCUGAACAGUUAGUUCAGUUGGAACCCGAAAAUCCUGGGCACUAUGUCACCCUGUCAAAUAUAUAUGCGAGAGCUGGAAGAUGGGAUGAUGCUGUACUGGUGAGAAAGCAAAUGGAAUCCCGAGGAUCGUUGAAGCCAUCAGGAAACAGUUGGUUUGAAUGUGGGAAUUGAACAAAGGAAAGAUCUUAUGAAUAGGUGUAGAGAUACUUUGGGCCCAAAAGAUUUCAAUGAAAUUGGUCCUAAUAUGUAAGCCAUUGUGACAGUGACUGCAUUUUAUGCAACUUAAUAUUUCAACAGGCUUUGAAGAUUUAAGCUGGGUAAUAUCUCAGCAGUUUCUCAUAAUCUAAACACCAAAGCCUAGACUCCUUGACAAUUUUCUGUUGGUGUUCCGUUGUUCACCAUUUUGUGCCUAGGAAUGCUCAUGUCUUCUGCUCAGAGAUAAUUCUAUAAAAUCAACUAUAAAUGCACUUAUCUUGUAUUUUUAUUUGGUGGUUGAGGGUUAGAUCAUGUGUAUACGGUGAUGGUGAGUUAUAUUUUUCUUCAUCUUAAU